AUGAAUAGUAUUGCAAAACGUUAUACAGCAAUUUCACCUAGUAGUAUACCAACCGUUAUGAAAGUAUCAACAACGACUAGUGUAGCAAACUCAAAAUCUCCGGCUACUGUUACUACAACGACUACAACGACACCUCCUCAAAUUAAUGACGAAUUAAACGUUGCAUUUCAAAUCAAAAAACAUAAUAUUCGUACUAUAUCGUUAAUUAUUUGUACUUUUACUUAUUUAAUUAUUGGUGCAUGUGUAUUUGAUGCACUCGAAUAUUCGAAUGCUGUUAAAGAUAAAACAAAAUAUGAGACAAAAAUUCAAAUAUUUCAACAAAAACACAAUAUGUCAAAUGAAACAUUUUCACAAUUAUCACAAUUAAUUAUGAAUAAAUCACUUGUCAAACAUAAAUUGAGAUAUGCCGAUUCACUCUACUUUGCCACAGUUGUUCUAGUACUAAUUGGUAAGUGUGAAAGUUUUAAAUUUUAA